AUGUCACGAUCCGGUGAAGAAGUGUGGAAGAAUAGCACAGAAAAGAUCAACUCCGAACUCUUCACUUUAACAUAUGGUUCAGUGGUGGCCCAACUAUGUUCAGAUUAUAAUAACAAUUAUAAUUUGGUCAAUAAACAAUUAGAUUCUAUGGGAUAUAAUAUUGGGAUUCGAUUGAUUGAAGAGUUCCUUGCGAAAACAGGUGCUGCCAGAUGUCAUACCAUGAAGGAAACUGCAGAAAUAAUCCUGAAGGUUGGAUUUAAAAUGUUUCUUAAUAUAACUCCUCAAGUUGAUAAUUGGUCACUUGAUAAUAGACAAUUUUCAUUGAUACUAAAUGAAAACCCCUUGGCUGAUUUCGUUGAAUUGCCUUCAGAUGCUAAAGAUUUAUGGUAUAGUCAAAUUCUAUGUGGAGUAUUAAGAGGUGCAUUGCAUAUGGUACAAUUGGAUGUGUCUGUAUGGUUUGUUAAAGACGUUCUAAAAGGUGAUGAUAUAACAGAACUCAAACUCAAGUUAAAUAAAAUAUUAAAGGAUGAAGUACCUGCUGGAGAAGAUUAA